AUGUCGUUUAUUCAGCGGGCAGUGAAGGUGCCACCGAACUCGGCGUCUCUGGAUGAAGCCAGGCACCGAGUCUUCGACUUCUUUAGGGCCGCCUGCAGAUCCAUCCCCACCAUCAUGGACAUCUACAACCUCGACGACGUCGUUGCGCCCUCUCACCUCCGCUCCGCCGUCGCCUCCGAGAUCCGCAAGAACGCCUCCGUCACUAACCCUAAGGUCAUCGAUAUGCUGCUCUUCAAGGCAAUGGAAGAGUUGAAUAACAUCACCGAGCAUGCAAAGCAGCGACACCACAUCAUUGGCCAGUACGUGGUUGGUCACCAAGGGCUUGUGCAGGAUUUGGGCACCAAAGAUCAGGGGGCCUCUGCUUUUCUCAAAGAUUUUUAUAAGAGCAAUUAUUUUUGAAUCUCCGCUGUUCCCUGGAUUGUGCUGCCGUGGGACUUUGGUUUCGAGGCUGUUAAAUAAAGGUGUACUUGACAAUUUUUUUGCAUCUUUCUGUUGGAUAUAGAUUGUUAAGGUCAUGGGUCAUACCUCAAUUGCUGUUGUUUAAGAAGUCAUUAAUGUUUUGACAAAUGAAGAAACAAGAUACAGUUAUGUCAUUGGAUGAGCAUUGUAGCUUAUUGUUCUGUUGUUUAUUUUUUAUGCUGUGAGGUUCUUUUGAGAGC